AAGUCGCCUCACUACAAGGCUCCAGUCACACAGAGCAGGAAGUACACGGCGGGAAGCCGUCCCCGCCGAGACUGAGGGAGCAGCGGGCGAAACCUGUUCCUCCGAGUUUCAGGUGCGUAAACUCCUGGCCUGCCACGCCCUGCUCCCCGGGGUGCGGGGGAGGGGCGGGGGCGGGGCUUGCGGCGAGGCUCCCGCAGUCCCUGUGCCCGGGCAGGACUAGAAGACGCAGCGCUGCUCCUGCUGUGGAAAGUUCCCCAGGCUCUGGUGUUGUGCGGCCAUUGUGGAGACCUUCAGCUGCUGAUAGAGGUUCCAUCUGUGACCAACCUCCCUGCUUGCCGAAAUGUCUUCCAGACCGCUUGAAAGUCCGCCACCUUAUCGGCCAGAUGAGUACAAACCAUCCAUUUAUGCCCCCAGUCAAGACGUGUACGGAGGGAGGCCGCCCUCACAGCCUGCCUACUCGUAUUAUCCAGAGGAUGAAGUCCAGCACUUCUACAAAUGGAGUUCUCCACCAGGAGUCAUCAAGCUCAUGUCCAUCCUCAUUGUUGUCAUGUGUGUGGGAAUCUUUGCAUGUGUAGCUUCCACAUUACCAUGGGACUUGGAUAUCACUGGACAGUCUAUGGGAUAUGGUUUUGGAGGAGGGGGGUAUUCUGGUUCCGGUGCAUACAAUGGCUAUGGUUUUGGAGGAUCUCAGAUGGGCAUGGGCUUUGCUUAUGGAGGGAACUACACCGAUCCCCGUGCUGCCAAAGGGUUCAUCCUUGCCAUGGCUGCGUUUUGCUUUAUAUGUGGUAUGGUAAUCUUCGUAAUGACUGUAACCAGGUCAGGCACUGCUACCACUAGAAAAUUCUACUUGAUUGUCAUCAUCGUCAGCGGAAUCAUGGGGGGAUUGGUCUUUAUUGCAUCAAUUGUCUAUACCAUUGGAGUAAAUCCUGUAGCCCAAGCAUCUGGAUCAGCCUUCUACACACAGAUCGUAUCCAUCUGCAACCAGUUUUACGCCCCUGCCACAACUGGAAUGUUUGUUAACCAGUAUCUCUACCACUACUGUGUCGUGGAACCACAAGAGGCUAUUGCCAUUGUCAUGGGGUUCCUGAUCGUUGUGGCAUUUGCCAUUAUCAUAUUCUUUGCCGUAAAAACGAGGAGGAAGAUCAACGAGUUUGGGAAGUCGAACAUUUUAUGGAAGAAAAAUCAUUUUGAUGAACAGGGAGAUCCAAACGUGGAGGAGUGGGUAAGAGCAGAGCAGUGCUGGAAAUACCAAGCAAUAAAAUCGGAUGAUGAGCGAGAUCGAUAUAAAGCUGUGUUUAAUGACCAGUAUUCGGAGUACAAAGAACUAUCGGCUGAGGUGCAGGCAGUAUUGAAAAAGUUCAGUGAACUGGAUGCAGUGAUGAGAAAGUUACCCAGAAACCCAGGCAACGAAUAUGAAUAUGAACGGAUUUCAAAGGUUUUGCAGGAAUAUCAAAGGAAGAAGAAUGAUCCAACAUUUUUGGAGAAGAAGGAACGCUGCGAGUACUUAAAGAACAAGCUUUCUCACAUCAAGCAGAGAAUUCAGGAGUAUGACAAAGUCAUGACCUGGAAUGAUGGACUUAAUUAGUUCUUGGAGGAUUUAUUUCUGUAACUAGUGGUACUAUUUCAUAGGCGCUGUUCACAUCUACCUUGUGGCUUCUGUUGAUAAUGAAAGCCAUAAUGUAGUGCUGAUAACAAAGGUGCCCGACAGUCCCUGUUGAUUUAUAAUGGGGGUCCAUCAGGUUCUGCAUACACCACUAUUUUUCUGUCUAAUCUGAAGCAGUUUGCACUUGGGGCUAUGGACAGCCUCAGAUAUGACCAGUGCCUUAAGGUGUCCAUUGUCCUUAGAUAUCCAUCAGCUGAACACUCAGACGACAGCAUUUUCUCCCAACCCCCCCAUCCCCAUUCACAUGCAUGGACAGUUUAGCUGUGCAUUCUUGUGUUGUCUUUGGGAAUGAGGGUAAUAAGAUGCAGCUAGAUUAUUCUGGUGGUGUCUUAUCUUUCUUGAGAUCAGGCAUAUUGAAACUCAACAUGCCCAUUUCUUCUCCCCCCCCCCCCUCCAAAUGGCUGCCAUCAGGGGAGAGUUUGGGCACCCCCAUACACUUAGACAUUUGGCCGGUACUGCUGAACAUGGCGGGAUGGGCCAACAUUCAUCUGAUAUGUAUAGCCACCUUUACUCUCACAAUCGGGCGGUUAUCCAGGAACAGAUAAUGAUGACCU